AAAAGCUCAUAAAAUGAUUUUGGAACGUUUGUGGCCAGGUGGCUUCCACUCAGUGCUUUUGAGGCGGCUGAUCCGGGCGAACAGAGGUUCGGUCACGCUCCUGCCAGGCCCCUGGGUGCGGCUGCCCGUGAGGGACGCGCGUAGUGGCGGGGAGGCCCGCAGGGGCGCGGGGGCCGAGGGUCUGGAGCGUGGCGCGGAGGCUCGGCGGCCCCCCUCAGCCCUCCUGCUCUUCGGGCUCGUGCUGGGUGCUGCGGCCCGGCUCACCUGCGUGGGGGACGCCUACCCCAAAGACGGCAGGUGCUGUCAGGACUGCCCACCAGGCUAUGGGAUGGAGAGACGCUGCAGCGGAGGCCAGGACACCGAGUGCCACCCUUGUCGGUCUGGCUUCUACAAUGAGGCUACGAACUAUGAGCCCUGCAAACCCUGUACCCAGUGCAAUCAGAGAAGUGGGAGCGAACCGAAGCAGAGAUGCACGCCCACGCAGGACACGGUCUGCGGCUGCAAGCCAGGCACCGAGCCCCAGGACGGCUUCAAGCGUGGCGUCGACUGUGCCCCGUGCCCACCGGGGCACUUCUCCCCAGGGGACGACCAGGCCUGCAAGCCCUGGACCAACUGUACCCUGAAAGGAAAGCGUACGGUGCGGCCAGCCAGUCAAAGCUCAGAUGCUGUCUGUGAGAACAGGAGCCCCCCGGCCACGCUGCCAUGGGAGACCCAGGGCCCCCCAGCCUGGCCCCCCACCACCCAGCCCACCACAGCCUGGGCCAGGGCCUCUCAGGAGCCCUUCACGCCCCCUACAGAGCCCCCCAGGGGCCCCCAGCUGGCUGCUGUCCUGGGCCUGGGCCUGGGCCUCCUUGCUCCCGUGGCGGCCGCGCUGGCGCUGCUUCUGCACCACAGAGCCUGGCGGCUGCCCCCCAGUGGAAAUAGCUUCCGGACCCCUAUCCAGGAGGAGCACUCCGACGCCAACUCCGCCCUGGCCAAGAUCUGAGCCAAGACUGGAGCAGCUAGUGCUCCCCCCACCGGCUGGCAGCCCCCAGGGCCUGCUAGACAUGGAGGGGCUUUGGGGUGCCCCCACGCGCAGGCCGCCGUGUCCCAUAACCCCCCCACCCCGCACCGUUUUAGGUGCUCCUGGCCUGCGCCCAGGGCUCUGCUACGUAUGCCGUGCAUACUCCCCGCCCAGGGUGGCCCCCCAAUAAAUGACAUUGGCGAACCAUCUCCGACUGGCUGCCCGCGGGCUGAGUGCCACACAGCCAUGGUGGGAGUGCCGGGGCCAGACCCACUCUGGCGGGGGGGCCUCUCCAGCCGCGGCAGGGGUAUGGGACCCCCUCAGAGACCCUGGCAUCCCUGUCCUCACCCCUUCUCUGAGCACGUCCCGGCUUCAGACGGGGGGGCGGGCAGGCCACAUACAUGUCCUGGGGGACCCAAUGACCCCGCGGCUUGUUGGCGGCAUCCAGGAGCCGCUUCUCCGAGCCCCGCACCUGGGUGGACAGGCCCUAGGCUCCCCCGGCGAGCCCACAGCUUCCAGCACUGAUGGGAGCAGGUCAGAGUCCGGAGACCCCAAAGGGGAUGUUUGAGGACAGCCCUUCAGGUCUCUGUCUGUCCUUGCAGAGCAGAGAGCUCAAGAGCCAUUCUUUUUCGAGACCUCUCAGAUCCCAUGCCUGCCAGACCUGCGUGUAUGUCGUGGGUAGUGAGUGGGGAAGCUUGGGUGUCGCUGCUUUGGGAAAGUGGAGAUUUCCAAUCAAGCUGAGCUGCAGUUGGCCCUGGGGGUGAAUGCUGAAAAACCCCGAUGCCGAUGCCCAUCGACAGUAGAGUCCCACGGACAAGGACUUGUCCGUGACCAUGGUGCCCCUCCUGCUGGGUUGCCAGGCCAGAUGGUGAGCGUCCGCAGCUGCUGGGUGACCUGAAGCCAGAGGCACUGCGGCCAGCGCAAGACUCUGGCCCUGAUGUCGGCCGAGCCCUGGCCACCAGCCCUCCUUGUUUCCUGGGCCAUCUUUGUCCCCAGGGUCACCCCAGAGGCCCGUCCAAUGUGUCUUCAAACCUCUGAGCCCUCUGCCCCGGAGCCUGGACGCUGCCAGGGGAGGACAGAGAGCCGUCCCAUGCUCAGGCCCACUGAGUUCCCCGUGUUCUGGGGGGAACGCAGCAGUGGACAAAACAACGUGAGCUGUACCCUCAGCGCAGGCGGCAAACCCGCACCCUUGAUCUGGGGACAGUGGUCACCAGCAUAGUGUGGAGGCUGCAGAGAAGUGCUAGGGGACCUGGUAGAGGGGCAGGGUCGGGGCAGGGUCGGGGUCAGAUCCUGCACCUGAGGCCUCCCCACCACACCUCCAGCUCUUCCCUCAGCCAGGACACCCUCCGCUCACCUGGCAGCUCCACACCUGCCGUGGGCCAGAUUCAUCUUCUCUCUGCUUCUACACCAGCCCUAAGCACUCUCCAGCCCCUCCCCCCACCUGUCUGCUGAAAACCCUCACACUGUCUCCGCCC